GUUAUGUAAAUUGCUUAAGGAUUAUUUAUCUCAGAAAAUAAUGAUAAUGAUAGCGAUUGGGAACCCCAAAGCCACAAUUCGCAUUAUACACGGAUAUGUGAGGAAAGGUCUCAUAUGCCGAUGAUUUUUACACACUCUUCUGCUAUAUUUAUGCGAUCUAUCCGCCUGAAGAUAUUUCAGUACGACUCGGACUAGAGUUUCGAAUUCAAAAGAAUUUGGACUCUGAAAAUAUUUAUGGAGCGAGCUGUGAAUUGAGAAAUUUGAGAGCUUUAACGAAUUUGGGUUUUCUUAACACUGGUGAGAGCGAACUGCGUUGGGAUUGCUUUCACUUGUCCUUUGUUUAAUCAAUUGGAUAUUGUUGGUGUGAGGAACUGAUCGUGUCAAAGAUGAUGCUGCAUUUUGAACAGCCUUCUAAGCUGAAGACUAAGAAGAUUGUGUUUGAGGAUGUAUAUGUUGCACAUGAUUCUGCUACACUUGAACAACUCAAGGAGUUAAGCUCAAGGCGCAGAGCAAUUGAAGAGUCUAUCAAUGAGAGCAGUUCCAUUACAAAAGCUAUAGCAAGAGAAAUGUCUGGAGGGUUGGUAUCUUGUCAUGAACAGGAUCUUCACAGAAUAACACAGUAUCUCCCAUUGUUGGAAAAUCUAUGUUUACAUAAUGAAGAAAUCACAAAUAGGCAAAUGCAUCAAUUGGAUGCCUCUCUUAAGAUACGCUGGAGUAGUGCUCUAAGCCCAUCUUACCUCUUUAGGAGUACGAAGUUUUUCCAGAUUGACCAUUUGCUGUUCGAGCUUGGCAUGAUCCUUUUUCUUUAUGGUGCAAUCCUAAGGGAGAGGGCUUUAGAAGUUUUAUCAACAGAUUUGGUCCAAUCUGCCACCACUUUUAGAGAAGCUGCUGGUAUUUAUCAUCACCUGGCACUUAAUGUUCUUCCCAGCUUAAUGGCUGUGUGGGCACCAGGAGCGCCACCAGAAACUCAUCCUUCUGUCUCCACUGUCAUGAGCCUCAUUUGUUUGGCUGAAGCACAGGCAGUAGCAACAAGGAAGGCUGAAGAGAACGGUAAUUCUUCAAGUCUUUUAGCGAAGCUGCAUCACGGUGUUACACAGUUUCUUGACGAAGCAAGUGGGGUUUUAGAGACUUCUCUAAGAAAGGGAAGAGACAUUGCACCAAACUUAAUGGAAUUUAUUCAUUGCUGCAAAUCCCUACAUGCGUUGAGAGGUCAGCGAUACCAUGCAGAAAGUCUGAAGGCUUCCGAUCAUAUGGGGGCUGCCAUCGGAGUUCUUCAGUCUGAAUUGAGCAAGGUCAAAAAGAACGUAUGGGGUGAUACAAAAUGGAAAUCUGUAUUUGAGAAGGAAAUUCACAAUGCUUCUGAGGUGCUCCAAAAAUUUGUACGUGAGAACAAUUUUGUUUGGCAUGAGAAGAUCCCUUCAGAAAUUGAGUUACCAUUGCCCCAAGGUAGCAAAAUUGUCGAUUCCAUACCUUAUAGUCCAAAAAGAUGGGAGAGACACCUUUCUUUUAAGAUAGCAAGGUAGAGGAAGUUAUAUAAAUUAUACCUGUGUCUGCCUUGCCUAAAACUGGUCCUGGCUCAUCAAGAAUUUGAUGUUUCUUCCUUAAGUUUUCUCUCAAGUUUGGUAGGUUAAAAAUUUUGAUAGGAUUGAGUUCCAUGAAAAAGUUGUGCAAAUCCCAACACAUUUCUGGUUAUAUUCCUUGAAGCAUAAUUUACUUGCAAUAGAUAUACUUUCUCUUAGGCUGCCCGCAAUAUUAAAGCAUAAUACUUUACCCUUCGAGAAUUA